UAAGAGUUGCAGGUCACCGAGCCUCGAGAACCAGGAGUGCCCACCCCUGAAUUACACGAUCAAAUCCAGAAUCUUCUGACUUCGGCACUUUUUGUUCUGCCGGCAGAAAUUCCGAGUCUCAGAUGCGCCUCAAACGCAGCAACCUUAGGUAGCCAAUCAGAGAGCAGUAGUAUGACCAGACCGGAAGAAGAGCUCUGCUCGAUCAUGAUCGAUGACCAGCUCGUUUGACCGUGUUUAUCUGUCUCCUGGUUGACCCGGGAGUCCAUACCCGCCCAGAACCUCCCGCAGAACCUGUCUGGAUUCAAUAAAUGAAUCAAUAACAUGAUCAGGUUCUGCAGAGGAUCCGGUCCAAAGAGGACAACGUCCGUUUGAAAGCGGAGACUUAAAGAGUUCCGACCGAUCAGAACACCUGACUAACGGGAGGUUCAGGUUCCGGCAGGCCCAGGAUGGAGACCCAGUCAGAGUUUUUCUUCUGCAGCGGAGCAGCCACCGAGGUUCUGAAAGUCGGUUCCUCUCAGCUGUCAAGAGAAGAAGUGCUGCUGCUCCUGAUCCCAGGAAACCCAGGGGUCGUGGGCUUCUAUGAGAGCUUCAUGCGGACGUUGCACGGCAUGCUGGGAAGGCCCGUCUGGGCGGUGAGCCACGGCGGCCACUGCACUCCUCCGGACGCCAUGGACCUUGUUGAAGAUGGCGCGGCGGCGGCACGACGGGACGUUUUUGGACUGGACGGACAGAUCCAACACAAGCUGGCUUUCAUCCGGGACCGGGUCCCCAGAGGAACCCGGUUGGUUCUGGUGGGCCACUCCAUCGGCUGCUACAUGAUCCUGGAGAUGAUGAGGAGGAGCCCCGAGCUGGAGGUCCUGAAGGCCGUGCUGCUGUUCCCCACCAUCGAGCGGAUGGCCCAGAGCCCGCAGGGAAAGGUCAUGACCCCGAUGCUGUGCCAGCUGCGCUACCUGGCCUACCUGCCGCUCUUCCUGCUGUCGCUGCUACCGCAGCGCGUCGCCACCCUGCUGGUCCGCCUGGUACUGCGCGGCGUGCCGGCACUGGACCCCUGCGUGUUGCGGCCGGUGCUGCAGUUGUUCUCCGGAGAUUGUACAGUAAACUCCAUGUACCUGGGCGGCCAGGAAAUGAGGAUGGUUCAGGAAAGAGACAACGUUACCAUCCAGAAGUACCUGGACAGGCUCAUUUUCUAUUAUGGAGCCACGGACCACUGGUGUCCGGUCAGCUACUUCCAGGACAUGAGGAGGGACUUCCCGCACGGAGACAUCCGGCUGUGUGAGCGAGGCAUUCGGCACGCCUUCGUCCUGGAUGCGGGGCAGGAAGUGGCUCAGAUGGUGGCCGCGUGGAUCGGCGGCUCUCUGUCGGCGUGAGGUUCCACACCUGAGAACCCAAAACCUGCCAGGCGAAACCCAGGGCGAAACGGUCCAUCUGAAUAUUGAUCUCUGACUUGCUCCCACACAGAUCGUCACUAAAUCCUUCAGUGCCUGAAGCUUCAUCACAAUGUGUGGAAUCAGAAUUCACAUUGUUGUUUGGCUCAUGCAGUUAUUAAUAGAUUAACCAAUAAUUCAUUCAAUUAUUGAUAAAAUGAAUUCUGUGGUUUUGGCAGCACCUCAAACAGUGGCACUAGAAAUGUAGAGAAUCUGAAUUCUGUGGGACAAAAUGUUGGACUUCAGUAGGUUUAGCUAUGAAAUAAAAUGCUGCAAUCAUUAGUAACACUAGAUUAUUAGACGAAAAGCUAAACAGCUAGUUUAGUUUUUCAUCUAACUAAACCAAUCGUUAGCAGGUGAUGCUGCUCCACAACUGAGCUGCUAGCAAUUUAAUGAACCAGACAUACAUUUAAUGAGCCAUUAAUGCAUAAAAUAAAAUGCAUUUGAAAUUUAUUAUUGUAAUUAAUUUAGCACUUAAUGAAUUUAACUGUUAAUUUGUGGUUUUAUUUUUCCAAUCAAUUGUGUUGUAAUAAAUUUAUUUUGAGUAACUAUUUUU